AUGACAACAAACCUAUGGGUAGAGCAGUCUUGGUAUGACUACAAACUACGUUGGGAGCCCCGGGAGUAUGGCGGAGUCCACAUGCUGCAUGUACCUUCAGAUCACAUCUGGAGACCAGACAUCGUCCUAUAUAACAAUGCCGACGGCAACUUCGAGGUAACGCUGGCAACGAAGGCGACCAUCUACCACAUGGGGCUAGUGGAAUGGAAGCCACCAGCCAUUUACAAGUCUUCCUGCGAAAUCGACGUCGAAUAUUUUCCGUUCGACGAGCAAACGUGCGUCCUAAAGUUCGGUAGCUGGACGUACGACGGAUUCAAGGUAAUUGCGAGAAGCAACCGCGCGCUCAUGGCUCUGUUUGUCCGCAGCGCCGAUGGCAACUACGAGGUGACCCUGAUGACGAAGGCUAUCGUCUACUACACCGGCAUGGUCGUGUGGCAGCCGCCAGCCGUCUAUAAAUCCUCCUGCUCGAUCGACGUCGAGUUCUUUCCUUACGACGUGCAAACCUGUGUGCUUAAGUUAGGCAGCUGGACGUAUGACGGCUUCAAGGUGACGCCCCGCUGUACGCCGCUUCCCGCGUGGGCCAUAGCCGUAGGGCCCCGCAGGCCGAUGUCAGUAGCUAACCGCUCGAACGUAAUCGUCGUAUUGUCCUUGUUAUUGGCGACGGCGCUCGGGCGACCAGCGUGCUCACACGCUCCUCGCCCGGCCCAGCUCUGUGUUCAAUUGAGUUGA